AUGCCUGCUGUUGUCAAGCGUCACAGGGUUCUAAGAGGAAAUACCGAAACAAGAAGACGCCUCCGCUCGGAGGAGAGCCUGGCCGAGAGCCCCGCAACCAGCCCCUUGGUCGCACUUCCUGCCUCGCUUUUUCUGCUUCUCCGCGGGCAGCUCAACCCGGCUACUGAUCUACUUCUUGCCUGGAAUCCCAUUUGUUUGGGGUUGGUAGAAGGUGUUAUCGGGAAAAUUCAGCUUCAUUCAGAUCUUCCAUGGUGGCUUAUUUUAAUUCGGCAGAAAGCAUCAGUGGGCAAACUUCCAGGAGGUCAUGAAGUCUGUAAAGUUACCAAAAUUGCUGUGCUAUCACUUUCUGAAAUGGAACCUCAGGAUCUUGAGCUAGAGCUCUGUAAGAAGCAUCAUUUUGGAAUUAACAAACCAGAGAAGAUUAUACCAUCUCCUGAUGACUCAAAGUUUCUACUGAAGACCCUUACGCAAAUUAAAUCCAAUGUGUCUGCUCCUAAUAAAAAGAAAGUUAAGGAAAGUAAAGAAAAAGAGAAGUUGGAGAGAAGAUUACUUGAGGAAUUGCUGAAGAUGUUCAUGGACUCAGAAUCCUUUUACUACAGCUUGACCUAUGACCUGACCAAUUCAGUGCAGAGGCAAAGUGCUGGGGAGAGGGACCCCCGGCCCCUUUGGCAAAAGGUUGAUGACCGAUUUUUUUGGAAUAAAUAUAUGAUACAAGAUCUUACUGAGAUUGGUACACCAGAUGUGGACUUCUGGAUUAUCCCCAUUAUCCAAGGUUUUGUGCAGAUUGAGGAACUUGUGGUUAAUUAUAAUGAGUCAUCUGAUGAUGAGAAAAGCAGCCCGGAGACCCCCCCUCAGGAGUCCACCUGUGUGGAUGACAUUCACCCACGAUUUCUGGUGGCUCUCAUUUCACGCCGAAGUAGGCAUAGAGCAGGAAUGCGCUAUAAACGAAGAGGAGUGGAUAAAAAUGGAAAUGUUGCAAAUUACGUGGAGACUGAGCAGUUAAUUCAUGUUCAUAAUCAUACCUUGUCAUUUAUUCAAACACGAGGCUCUGUGCCUGUCUUUUGGAGCCAGGUUGGGUAUCGAUAUAAUCCAAGACCUCGGCUAGACAAAAGUGAAAAGGAAACUGUUGCCUAUUUCUGUGCCCAUUUCGAAGAACAACUGAAAAUUUACCAAAAACAGGUUAUUAUUAACUUGGUAGACCAGGCAGGAAGAGAGAAAAUUAUUGGCGAUGCUUACCUGAAGCAAGUGUUGCUCUUGAACAGCUCACACCUCACUUACGUUUCCUUUGACUUCCAUGAGCACUGCCGAGGAAUGAAGUUUGAGAAUGUUCAAACACUGACAGAUGCCAUUUAUGACAUUAUUCUUGACAUGAAGUGGUGUUGGGUUGAUCAAGCUGGUGUAAUCUGUAAACAAGAAGGGAUUUUUCGUGUUAAUUGCAUGGACUGCCUGGAUCGCACCAACGUGGUCCAAGCUGCCAUCGCACGAGUGGUCAUGGAACAGCAGCUGAAAAAAUUAGGUGUGAUGCCCCCGGAGCAGCCACUACCAGUGAAAUGCAAUCGGAUCUAUCAGAUAAUGUGGGCCAACAACGGUGACUCCAUCAGCAGACAGUACGCUGGGACAGCUGCUCUGAAGGGUGACUUUACAAGGACCGGAGAAAGAAAGUUAGCAGGAGUUAUGAAAGAUGGAGUUAACUCAGCAAAUAGGUAUUACCUGAAUCGAUUUAAGGAUGCUUAUAGGCAAGCUGUUAUAGAUUUGAUGCAAGGCAUUCCAGUGACAGAAGAUCUUUAUUCCAUAUUUACCAAGGAGAAAGAACAUGAAGCUUUGCAUAAGGAAAAUCAGAGGAGCCACCAGGAACUAAUUAGCCAGCUCUUACAAAGUUACAUGAAGUUACUGCUGCCUGAUAAUGAAAAGUUCCAUGGGGGCUGGGCCCUCAUUGACUGUGACCCCAGGGGAGAUGUUAGGAAACCUGCUCUUGGGCUAUCUGAGUUGGCUGUAGAACCUUUGUACAAUCUAUCAACUGAGCUGGAGAUGUGGACCCGGAGCAGGCAGCCCCUGGUGGAGGACGGCGAGAGACAGCCUCUGGCGCGGACCGCUCAGGCCCUCCGGGCUCUCGCUGUCUGUCCCUUCCGCUCCUUUGCGCCCCCAGCCGCCGCAGGCCGAGCUCCGGCUGGAAUGACGGCUGAUGGGCGCCGGCGGGAUGUGCUGUUACUGCUUUCUAACUCUGCCUACUACAUGGCCUAUUAUGAUGAUGAAGUUGAUAAAGUAAACCAGUAUCAACGGCUAAGUUUAGAAGACCUGGAAAAAAUAGAAAUAGGUCCUGAACCCACUCUUUUUGGUAAGCCAAAGUUCUCCUGCAUGCGAUUGCACUACAGAUAUAAAGAAGCAAGUGGCUAUUUCCACACGCUGAGAGCUGUAAUACGUAAUCCAGAAGAGGAUGGCAAAGAUACCCUUCAGUGCAUUGCAGAGAUGCUGCAGAUCACCAAGCAAGCCAUGGGAUUAGAUGUACCUAUAAUCGAGAAAAAACUUGAGAGGAAGAGCAGUAAACCUCACGAAGACAUUAUUGGCAUCAGAUCUCAAAACCAAGGCUCUUUGGCCCAGGGGAAAAAUUUUUUAAUGAGCAAAUUUUCAUCUCUGAAUCAAAAAGUGAAACAGACCAAAUCCAAUGUAAAUAUUGGCAAUCUACGAAAGCUAGGAAACUUUACAAAACCUGAAAUGAAAGUUAACUUUCUAAAACCAAACUUAAAAGUAAAUCUUUGGAAAUCAGAUAGUAAUCUUGAAACCAUGGAAAACACAGGUGUGAUGGAUAAUAAAGUCCAGGCAGAGUCUGAUGGGGAAAUGUCUUCAGAUAAUGACUCAUACCACUCUGAUGAAUUCCUUCCAAAUUCCAAGUCUGAUGAAGACAGGCAGCUAGAUAAUUCUUUAGAGAACGUAGGGCCAAUAGACUAUGUUCUUCCUAGUUGUGGUAUUAUUGCUUCAGCACCUCGAGUAGGCAGUCGAUCCCAGUCUCUUAGCAGCACUGAUAUCAGCGUUCAUGUUCCUUCAGAGAUGACUAUUCCUCAUGGAAGUGGGCUUGGAAAAGGCCAGGAGUCUCCUGUGAAGAGAAGUCCUUCGGCUGACAACAUACACAUAUUGACUGGCUUUGCCAAGCCUGUGGAUGUUUACUGCCACAGAUUUGUACAAGAGGCACAAAACAAAAUGACCCAGCUCUCAGAAACCAGGUCUGUUUCUCAGCAGGCUAGUGAGGAAGGAAAUCAAAUGACCAAUCAAGUUUCUAAUGAAGAAACCCAAUCAGAAUCAAUGGAACAGAUACCUUCUCGACCAUCUCAAUUAGAUGUGUCUUUUUCUGCAACAGGCCCACAGUUUUUGUCAGUGGAACCAGUGCAUUCAGUCGUAUCUCAAAAGACCCCCGGCUCCGGAUCCAGCAUGCUUGAACUUGAGACAGGGCCUCAUGUAACUCCUUCUCCUGCAGAGAGCAGUAGCAGCAGAGCAGUCUCGCCUUUUGCUAAGAUUCGAAGUUCCAUGGUCCAGGUUGCUACUAUUACCCAAGCUGGAUUAACCCAGGGGAUCAACUUUGCAGUGGCGAAGGUUCAGAAGAGCCCUGCAGAACCCGAAGUGGUUAAUGAAGUCCAGCAAAAUGAACUUAAAAAUGUGUUUACACAAUGCCAGACACGAAUAAUUCAGAUUUAGUUUUUAGCCACAAAGAAUCCUUCUGUGGCUUUUAUUUAAUCCAAAAAAAGGUUUCACAUAUUAGGCUAUUUUAACUUGUACUGUCUUUAAAUCUAGGGAUCACAAAUUCUGUUUAUUGGGAAAGGUUUUAAAAGGAGUCUGAACCUGAGCAGAUUUCCAAAUUUGAGAGCCAAGACAACAGAAGCACAUCAUCC